AUGCCUCAAUUUCUUGUCCUCGUAUUUUCACAUUACACGUCAAUUCAUAAGAAUUGGAUACCACCCUUUGCUCUCCUUACUCCAUUUUUCCUAACCUCCUACCUCUCUUGUGGGGUUCCUUCUCUUCCCUUUUGUUUUCAAAAGUCCAAAUAUUUACACCACUCUUUCAUUUCACCAUUGCCAAAUUACUUUUCUGUUGCCAACUGUCUGUUGGGAGUCCCAUGUAAAAAGUUUGAAAUUCAAAUACAGAAUCAUUUUACAGACCUCCUUUCUGUUCUUUCUUACUUUUUUCAGUGGUAUGAUGAUUCUCUCUCUCUCUCUCUCUCUCUCUCUCUCUCUCUCUCUUGUACUCUCUUCACUAUUACUUACUUUGUUCCAUUUCACUUGGCAGUCAUAUUCUAUGAGGUGAGUAUAUGGGCUCAGGUUCAAACACCCCUGCAUUUUGCCAAAUAUACAGACUCAGUGAAUAAAGUGGCUGCACCAGCUGUGGUGUCCCAACAUCCUUAA